CAUCUUAUAAAAACCAAAGCCCGAGUCGUCUUCCUCCCACUCCUCCCGACCAUCUCAGCUCGCUCUCUGUCUCCUCGCGUCUCUUCGCUUGUACACGCCGUGAAAGAUGGAGCAAACGUUCAUCAUGAUCAAGCCCGAUGGCGUCCAGAGAGGCCUCGUCGGUGAAAUCAUCAGCAGGUUCGAGAAGAAAGGGUUCUCCUUGAAAGGUCUGAAGCUCGUUAGUGUGGAUCGUCCUUUUGCCGAGAAGCAUUAUGCUGACCUCUCUGCAAAGCCUUUCUUCAGUGGCCUGGUUGAUUAUAUCAUCUCUGGUCCUGUCGUUGCUAUGGUUUGGGAGGGCAAAGGUGUUGUGACAACCGGAAGGAAGAUUAUUGGAGCCACCAACCCUGCAGAAUCUGCUCCUGGAACCAUCCGUGGUGAUUAUGCCAUUGACAUUGGCAGGAAUGUCAUCCACGGAAGCGACUCGGUCGAGAGCGCAAGGAAGGAAAUUGCGCUGUGGUUUCCUGAGGGCACUGUGAGCUGGCAAAGCAGCGCUCACUCCUGGAUCUACGAGUAGAUUUGCAAGGGCUGUGAUUGUGUUUUCUGCUCGUCCAAUUUAGUUUAAUGUAUUAUCGACUGUUGAGCUUUUGAUCUACUUUGUCGUAAGUGUCCCGUAUUAUCUAUGAGUAGAUUUGCGAUAUGAUUGUGUUUGCUGCUCGUCUAAUUUAGUUAAUGUAGCAUCGACUGCGGAUGGAAUUUGAACGAUAUAUGAUGAUUUUUGAUAGAUGUCUGGUGGCAAUUCUAGUUGAGUCUCA